GAGACAUUGAAGAAGAGGAGAGUCGUGUCUGCCAUGCUGGGCGAAGGUUUUCUCAGAGUGCAGCAUUACAGGGAGGAGAAGCAACUUGCCUCUGCUUCUAGACGAGACAAAACACAGACACAUGGUACGGAUCCGGUCAGCUGUAUUCUCUCCAGCUCCGACUCUAAAGAUUCACUGUCGUAUUCAACUGAAGCAGAUCCAAAUCAGGAGGAGUUAGACUCCACCCAACCCCAGGGACUGAGAGUUGGGCCUCCAGGCCCCAUAGGCCUCUCAAUCCCUGGAUGUCCACCUGCCCUCAUCCUUGACCAGGACUUCACAGUUUGCAUAGACGACUGUAGCCUGUUGGAACAGUAUCCAGACCUACAGGUGGCCGACGCAGGCCGCAUCUCGCACAACCCGCUGAGAGCCACCAUCGCCCAGCAUGGUUUGUACAACCCUGUCUCUGAAGUUCAGCGUCAGGCAGAGCAGGCAGCCCAGCAGGAGCUGCAGAGGGAGCCUGUUUCAUCCAUACCAGACCAGGGAUAUAUGGUCAUGGGGUCCAGUGUGAAUGUGAGCCUGGGUCUGCCUGGAUCUGGCUUGGAGCCCAUGUCGAACUCCCUUCUGAACGGGAUGCUGGAGAAACAGCUGGAGGAGGUCUACAUGCAGCACAUGACUGACAACUUGGCUCGAUGCAACUCGAACAUGGAGAACAGCCUCCUGCGCGGCCUAGUGCUGCCACAGGGGCCCGACUCACUGGAGGUCAGUCUGGAGGAAGGACCAGGAGGAGGAGCCGAAAAGAAAAUCAGUUAUCUGAGCACCCAGAACUUAGUUCCCUGCUCGUCCAACUUCAGCUCCCCUGUGCUGAGGAUUUCAGAGAAUGAUAAUACUUAUCUGAAAUGAAACAUGAAGGAACACAUCCUGCAAAAUUAGAUAGAUAGAUAGAUAGAUUACUUUAUUCAUCCCAGAGGGGAAAUUAAGUCGUCAUAGCAGCCGGUACAUUUGAAUACAUUAAAAUACAAUACAAUAGAAUAAAAUAAAAAAAUAUAAAAUAUUGCGGUAGAAAGAAUAAAAACAGAAACACAAGAUAAAUAGGUAGAUAAGGUGCAGUGGCAGAUGAUGGUAAUAGUACUGAUUAUAUGAUGGUAAUGUUAUUGUUGACAGUAUAUAAAAAAUAGUACAGUAUAUAUAGUAUAUAAUAUAUAUUUAUAUAUGACAGUAAUUAUACCAAUAUAAUAGCAGUAUAUAGUAAUAAUAGCAGCAACAGUAUAUAUAAUAAUAAUAAUAGUAAAAUAUAAUAAUAAUAACAUGUACACAUGUAUAAAUAAAAUAUGUGUAUAUAGACUUAUAUAUACAAAGAAUAUACAAAGAGUAUGAUAUAAUAUAUGAUAUAUAGUACGGGUAUAAAUAUAAGUAUUUGGCGAUACAAUAGAUAAUAUAAUAUACUGUGAGUGUAAGAAUAUGUAGACAGAGUGUGCAAAAGACAAUAUUAUUGUAUAAAAUGAUGAAUUGAGACAGGUAUAUUUAGUGCAGUUCUGUGAUGGUGGCUCUGACAGAGCAAAUGUAAUUGACUCAAUUGCUCUUUCUUUCUAUUGUUACUUCUGUUAUUCACAAUUACGGAUAUCAGCAGAUUGUAAAAUGACACAGAUCAGUAAAGAAUUAUAUUUUCUUAUCUACAUCAUCACUGUUUACUUGCUUGAUAAGAAAUGAUGCCUCAAUUUGACCUGCUUUCAUGUGCCACCUGCUGGUUAAUUGUUGUACUACACCACAGUAAGUUCAUGAGAAGGUAUUUUCCUGACAUUUACAUAGGGUGUGUGUAAGGCAGGUAAUAUAACAGAGCAAAGUGUAAAGCCAGUGUUAUACUGCACCCUGGAGAAACCUUGUGUACGCAUUAUCGUGUAUCUGUCUGUAAAGUAACCCCCCUGCUGUAAACCAACUCAAUGAGACAAACAUUAAAUCAUCAGUGAUCUUAAUAACAGGCUGUCUGAGCUCUGACACAUCCACAAACCAGGGAACACAGAGCCACAUCCAGGCUGUAACAUUAAAUAUGGAGAUCAACAGCAGCUGUUUGCACAUCAUUUCCAUUUCCAAUACCAUAGUUAGGCAGGAGGUAUGUUAUAGAACAUGAGCUAAAGCCCAAAUGUAAAUGUCACAUUGCAUGUUGCCAAAAUACAAAAAUUAUUGAAUGGGGGAGUGGAACCUGAUAAUUUACAAAACAUAAUUCCUCAAUCACAUCUCUCAUUCUUUCCUGUUUCAUGACAAACCUCUAAAUAUGCAAAAUGAUCAUUCUAUUUAAACGGAUCAACUACAGCCAGCGUGAUGGUACCAAAGGGUAAUAUUCAUAUUUUUAUAUUUACAUUAUGGAAAUAUUGCCUGUGUAAAUGUAAAAUGGACUGUGUAUAUAUAGCUUUUCAAGUCUUAUUAACCACUUACAAUACAAGUGGCAUUCACUCUUUCACACACACAUUCAUACAGCACUUCUGUACACAGCACCUUUUCUAUCACACAUUUUCAUCCCAGCCCUCUCGGGAAAUUGGUGUUUCAGUGACACCUGGGAAUGCAAAGGGAGCUGGGGAUUGAACAACAAACCAUCUGAUUAGUGGACAACUCAUUCUAUCUCCUGAGCCUCAGCCAGUCAGGAGCUAAAUUCUUUAUUUUUUACUUAGCUGUAAAAUAUAAAAGUAACUUAUUGAGGAGCUGUGCCCAUUAAAAAAUGGUUUAUUUCCA